AUGGGCCUCCAGAACACCAAACACCCCAAAGCCAAGCAAGCUAAGAUACUGAUGUUAGGGCUGGAUUCUGCAGGGAAAUCCACACUGCUGUACAAGUUCAGGUAUAAUGAUGUUUUUCUAACCAUCCCAACCAUCGGCUUCAACGUUGAUAUGAUUGAAAUCCAGAAAGAUUUUACACUGACCUUCUGGGAUGUUGGAGGGCAAGAAAAAAUGAGGCAGGUUUGGUGCCAUUUCCUGGAAGACACAGAUGGGCUGCUGUAUGUUGUGGACAGCUCUGAUAAGCAACGUCUGGAGGAAUCAAAGAAAGAAUUUGAAUUUGUUUUAAAGAAUGAAUGUCUCAAAAGCGUGCCGGUCAUGGUGCUGGCAAACAAGCAGGAUCUGCCUGGAGCUUUGAAUGCUGAGGAAAUAACCAGGAAAUUCCACAUCAAAAAAUACUGCAGUGACAGAAAUUGGUACGUACAGCCCUGUUGUGCCAGCACAGGAGAAGGAUUGUCAGAAGCUCUCCAAAGAUUGACUGCAUUUGCAAAACAGCACAGGAGAUCAAAGGAGACUUCGACAGUCUUUAAGGAAAUCAAAACACUUUAAGAAUUUCUGUCACCAGAUUCUGACCUCCCAAAGCCACAAGAUCAAGAAUUCAGAAGGGAACCCAUC